AUGAAAUCAGUUUUUUACUAUGAUUUUUCUUUGUUCUUUCGCUUCGCCUUUUUGUUCUUUCUUUUCUUUAACGUUUACUUUUGUUCCUGUCGUCUUCCUCUUCUUUUUAUAAAUUACAUUUUUUCUUAUUCUUUUUCAUCCAUCUUUCUUUUUUUGUUUUCUUUCUUUCCCGUAUCAGACUUCCGCGUAUUUACUUUGCUUAUUUUCGUCUUUCUUUUUCUAAUUCUUUAUUGUUAUAAACUUGCUUCUUUUAUCUUUCCUUUAGUUCAUUUUUACUUUCUUCUAUUUCUUCCUAUCUUUCUUCUUCUUGCUAUAAUUCUUCCUCUUCAUGUCUUUCUUAUUAUUCUUGCCAUUUUUCUUUUUUUUCACGCCUUUCUUCUUUUUCUUCUUCUUGCUAUCUUUCUUGUCCUGUCUUUUCUUUUUUUCUUCUUCUUCUUCUUCUUCUUCUUCUUCUUCUUCUUCUUCUUCUUCUUCUUCUUACUAUCAUUUUCUUCUGCUUUUUGUUAUCUUUUUUCUUCUCAUUAUUUUUCUUUUUCACGUCUUCUUCUUCAUAUUAACCCUUUCUUUCUUUCUUUUACUUUAUGGUUUAUCUCUUUUAUUUAUUUAUUUAUUUUUUGA